GACAAGACAGAGCAGUGCCGUGAGGAGCCCCCGCACAGCGCACUCGUUCAUGUCUGACCCGGAGCUUUUCCCAGGCGUUAUUCCUGCAGCUGACCUUGAGGCCAGACCACAGGACUUGCUGACCUGUGGCCUUCCCGAGGCUUCUCUUCUGCAGGAGCCUUUGAGACCAGAGUGCAGGACUUGCUGUCCUGUAGCCUUCCUGAGGCUUCUCUCUUGAAGGUGCCUUCCAGGCACGACUGCAGGACUUGCUGACUCGGAGCUUUUCCGAGGCAUCUCUCCUGCAAGUACCCACAAAUCCAGUCACUGCCAUGGAGCAGAGACCCCCGAGAGUGCCCAAGCUGGCCUGGGUGGAGGAGGAGGAAGAAGUCCCGGGAGCUGCCCCAGUAGAGGAGAUCGCAGAGGUGGUGCCAUUUGAGCCACUGCAGGAGGAUGCAGCCGUGGACCGCACACAAGAGCAGGACCCCGCCCGUGGCCUCUUCCGCAGAACAGCGCAGCUGGUUUGCAAAUUCAUCAAGAGGAUUCAGGAGGAAGAGACCAGCACCAUGGGCACAGGGUUCAGAGCAUAUUCACACAUCUUCAAAACCAAGACCUGUGCUGCCCUGCUGGAUAUGCUCGUAGAGGAGGGGUUUUGCAAUCCAAAGCAAGUAAGCAGCCUGUGGCCAGGCUUUGAUCCUCCCAGGAAUUGCUUGGCCUCCCAUGCCACGCCUGCUGGUCACUGGAAGCCUUUGAGGCCAUGGCAGUGUGGUGGCAAGGGAAGCACUUCUCCGGGGAAGCUGGAGACAUUCCUCCCUCUGGCAGCUUUCCAAGUCUCCCCGUGCCUUCUCCAGCUGCCCGCCAUGGUGAGGUACAUCCACCAGUGGCUCAUGGCCAAUCAGUUUGCUGAGCACAGGCUGAACAGGGCCCUGCUGGAUCUCACCAAAGAACAGCCUGCUGACGUAGUAAUGACGCUCCUGCGUGUGGCCCCAUCCUGUGACAGAGCUGCUUUCACCAUGUGGAAGAGCAUCAUGUGCUCGCCCAGGACUGCGGAGCCGGUGCAGCUGAUACUCCUCGAUGUGCUGGGGAGCUGGCCAGAGCACAGCAUGUGCACCUCUGAUGGGGACAAAACGGGUGUCUUUGUCCUGGCUGCAACUGUGGUGAUGUGGAAGAUCCUCCAGGUGCCCAGUGUCCCACAUAUGGUGACAGUGUAUUUCCCCCGCCUAUUGGUGCAUCUGCUCUUCCAAUUGUUCUUCAGCACUCUGGAUAUGCCACAGGAGGUCGAUACCUUCUGGAAGGGAUGCCAGCAGCAAUAUGGCCUUGCCACCAGCCCCAACAGGUUUGCAGUGCAGACCCUGAAGUCCCUGCUCUGCCAAAUGCAGCACGAGGAUGUGGUGGUGGCAAUGGAACGCAAGUGUGGCUGGGACACGCUGCUGUGUGCUGACACCCACCACUAUGCCGUGGGUCUGCUGGCCAGGGAGAUAUCCCGUGUCUCCAUCCCCUUGUGCUCCCGCAUCGCUCGCUACCUGCUCCGGCUGCUCAGCACACAGGAGCCACGCUGGGAGCUGCCUGCCCUGGCGUUCCUUGUGGAGGUCCUCGAGUGCCUGAACUUGAAUGAACACGGUGCUAACAGAGUCCUGCAAAUCUUGUCAAGGCACCUGAGGAGCGAGUGCAAGGACAGGCAUUGCCUGGCGCUCAGGGCCCUUCUCAAGCUCAUUGAUGAUCCCUCAAUGAGGGAAAAAAUGUGGAGCCUGACUGAAAGUCUUGUGGAGCUCCUGUGCGACGCAGAUGGAGAGAUAGUUAGCAUGACAGUCAUGCUCCUCAGCUUUAUCUUCUGGGACAAGGACAUGCUGAUAGCCAGCCCCAUCGCACUGCAGCUGGUUGAGGCGCUCCUGCCACUCUUUGACCACGACAAUAGCCAGGUGCAGCUGCUCUCCAUACAGCUCUUCAUAGCAUUGCUGUCUCUUCCACUGGAAAAGGAUGAAAAGGCCCUGAAGACACACGUGCGCCAGAGCCUGUUGCCACUCUUCUUCCACUGCCAUGAUGAGAAUCGGCGUGUGGCACAGGUUUCUCAGGAAAUGCUGCUUUGUGUGGCCCAGUUCCUGCAGAGGAGGGACCUUGAAAAAGUUGUGAGGAACAAGAAGCUGUGGAAGUUCACCGAGUGCCUGCUGGCAGACCACAGCAGCAGAGCGGCCGAGCACCUGCACCGGGCCCUGCCCUACCUGGAGAGCCCACAGGAGCCCCUGCCAGAGGCGGCCAUCAGGUUCCUGGGGAUUGCCGGGCGGCAGCUGAGAGGGAAGAAGGAAGAGCUCCAGCUCAUCUGUGAGGCCCUUGAAAGCAUGGCAAAUGACAUCAGCGUCGCCGUCGGAAGCCUGGCAAUUCAAACUUUGUACAUCCUCCAGGCAGUAGAGAGAGCUCGAUAUUCCAUCUUCGACAGCCUGCAUGAUCAGCUCCGCAGGGCAUGGAGGACACGGCCUCGUCUGUUGGGGCUUGGCUGGCUGCGCUGCUGGAGCUCUGCAGAGAGCUGAUCCCAGAGGCUCUGUCUGCUGGGGCCACCUGAGCCAGCAGGAAUGUUUCAUUUUUUUUAAGAUUUUCUUUCCUUCUUUUUGUUUUUCUUUAGCACAUAAAUAUAGGAUGUGUUGUAAUAGACAGAU